AUGGAGAGGGCGAGGAGAGAACUGCCGCUGUCCGUGACCGUGUGCGUGUCCGUGUGCGUGUCCGUGUGUGUGCUCGUGUUGGCAUUUUCACCACAGGCCUGCGCCCUGAACCUGGACCUGAACAACGUCACGGUCUACUCUGGUCCCAACGGCAGUCUGUUUGGAUUCUCAGUGGACUUUCAUCAGACCAGUAACAACUCAAAGGUGAGUGUCGUGGUGGGGGCCCCGAAGGCCCACACUGCCCAGCCCAACGUGACCGAGGGCGGGGCCGUCUUCCUCUGCCCCUGGACACAAGAUGGAGGCUCGUGCCAGAGUUUGCUCUUCGACAGCAAAGGCGAUGGAAACUACACGUUCUCCGACACCUGGCUGCUGGAAUUCAAAUCCCACCAGUGGUUUGGAGCCAGCGUGCGAUCGUCUGGCAGCCAUGUGCUGGCGUGCGCCCCACUUUUCCACUGGAACGCUGUUGCCUCGCGACCCGUAAAUCCGGGAACUCCAAAUUCCAGGAUUCCAGAAUCUGGGAGAACUCCGGUUGGGAACUGCCAGAUCCGGAACAUGCAGACUGGGGAGCUAGCUGACUAUUCCCCCUGCAAAAACCAUUUGGCUGACAGCCACUACAAAUCCAACUCCUACUAUGGGGACCGCCGGUACUGUGAAUCUGGGUUCGCCACAGAAGUGACGAAGGAUGGAAAAGUAAUUCUUGGUGCCCCGGGAGGUUUCUACUUUCAAGGUCAGGUUAUGGUGGCGAGUUUAGCCAACAUUCUCAGGAGCGCCAAAGGCGCGCUUCCGCUGCGGUCCGUGCAGGGGAUGAUGCAAUCUGUGGAGGAUGGGUCUUACGACAAAUACCGAGGCUAUUCGGUGGCCUCUGGCGAGUUCACAGGAGACUCCACGCCAGACUAUGUUGUUGGAGUCCCUAACGAGCGGAACACAGUGGGCUCGGUUGUGAUCUACAGUGGAGCCUCGCGAGACACGCUGAAGGUAUUCCACACCUUCUUUGGGACGCAGGUGACUGCGUACUUCGGCCAUUCCGUGGCAGUGACGGACAUUAACAACGAUGGGCGUGACGACCUCCUGAUUGGCGCGCCUCUCUACAUGGAGCGGCAGUCCAGUCAGCACCUGCUCCAGGUGGGCCAGGUGUGCGUUUACCUGCAGCGGGAGCGCCCCGCCUUCUCCGGCCGGCCGGACCAGAAGCUGAUGGGCCGCGUGGUGUACGGCCGAUUCGGCAGCGCCAUCGCCCCGCUGGGGGACAUCGACCAGGACGGCUUCAACGAUAUCGCGGUGGGGGCCCCCUCGUCCGGGGGCCACGGCGAGGUGUUCAUCUUCAUGGGCGGACCCGACGGCCUGUCCCCGCAGGAGGCCCAGGUCCUCCGCAGUCCCUUCAAACCCCUGGCUCCCCCGGCGGCGUUCGGAUUCGCCCUGCGAGGCGGCACGGACAUCGACGCCAACGGCUACCCAGAUUUAAUAGUUGGAGCAUGGGGCGCUAGCCAGGUCGCUGUAUACAGGGCCCAGGCUGUAGUGAGGGCUAAGGCUGAGCUCUCCCUCCUCCCUGACUUCCUGAACCCGGGUGUGAAAGACUGCCAGCUGUCAAAACCCGACCAGAGUGUGUCCUGCUUCACAGUCAGCGCGUGUGUCCGUGUCUCCGGGCACAGCAUUCCCGAGCUCAUCGUCCUGGACAUCGAACUUCUGCUGGACAAGAUGAAGCAGAAAACAGCCAAACGGACCCUAUUCCUUCCGUCCAAUCAGCCACAAGAGCACUUCUCCCUGGCCAUUCACAGCGACGUGGGCGUGGCCUGCAGAAACUGGACCGCCUACCUGAAGCACGAGUCUGAGAUCAAGGACAAGCUGAGUCCCAUCUUCAUCUCUCUGAACAGCAGCCUGCACGCCUCGGCCAACGCCGUGCUGUACGGGCAGAACACAGCCAGCGCACAGACCCGGAUCAUUCUAGACUGCGGCUCGGACAACGUGUGUGUCCCUGACCUGAGGCUGAACGCAACAGCGAGCUCAGAUGUCCUCCUCAUCGGGGAGGAGAACUCGGUGCUCCUGGUGGUCGGGGUGGAGAACCGGGGGGAGGGUGCCUAUGAGGCGGAGCUGCAGAUCCACCCCCCCGCCCACACGCACUACCAGGGCGUGCUCAGCGACAGAGAGGGCUUCUCCCGGCUGGUGUGCCCUCAGAAGAAGGAGAACGGGUCCAUGGUCGUGGUCUGUGAUUUGGGAAACCCGAUGAAACACGGACAGAAGCUCCACGCAGGGCUGUCCUUCAGCGCAGGACAUCUGGAGGAGGUGGAGAGCCACGUCUCCUUCCGGCUGCAGAUCAAAAGCAAGAACAGCCGAAACCCCAACAGCAACGUUGUUCAUCUUAGAAUCAAUGUCAGCGCAAUGGCCACCCUUGAAAUGAGGGGAGGCUCGUCUCCCGUGGAGUGUGUCCUUCCCAUAGUGCAAUGGGAGCCCAAGGAGGUGCCCUCCACCCUGGCAGAGGUCGGGCCGCUCGUUGAGCACGUCUACGAGCUGCGGAACCUGGGUCCCGGCACCAUCAACGCCAGGGUGGAGGUGGACUUCCCCUUUCGCCAGCAGGGGGCGCAACUGCUCUACAUCUUCGCCAACGCCUCAGAGGAGCAGGUCACCUGCCGCACACACUUCCCCGACAUCGACCUGUACAAGCUGGUGAAAGAUGAGACGGGUUUGAAUGCGACCAUCAGGCCCAUCCACCGCAUCGAGAAGCGCAGCGUGGAGCCAGAACGCCAAAGCAAAGAGACCGUCCAUGUGAACUGCUCGGAGGGGGCGCAGUGUCUGAGGUUCGAGUGCGAGGCCCUCGCCCUGGAGAGGGGUUCCAGCGCCGUGGUGCGGGUGAUGUCCCGGCUCUGGGUCAACACCUUCCUGCAGAGACCCUACGAGGACUACGUCCUGCACUCCUCUGCUUCUUACCAAGUCCUGAGCUUCGUCUCCAAGAUCCAGCCCGACGUCCUCCCCCGCGGACAGGCCGAGACCCAGACCGGGGUGGUGUGGCGGAGGCCGGAUGGGGAGCAGGAGGUGCCGGUGUGGGUGAUCGUGGUGGCCAUCACCGCGGGGCUCGUCCUGCUGGCCCUCCUCAACUUCAUCUUCUGGAAGGUGGGGUUCUUCAAGCGCACACGCCCCCCGAGUGAGGAUGAUGAUGAUGAUGAUGAUGAUGACGGUGACUCUCCGCCUGGCGGAGACGCAGAACCUGCUGCUGGAAGCUCAACGUCAUGAGGCUGCUGGGUCCUCUGGACGGGUCCGGCCGGAUUAAUACGGCCCUCGGACGGAAACACUCGGCCGAUUCGUUUCUGUGGUGCAGGUAGUGGAUCAGAUGUGGGUGCAGAUCGGUAAAGUUACAGAACUAAAAAAAAAAAAAAAAAGGCCAGAGAAAAUGUAGAGACCCAAAAAGGGUUAUGCACAGGUUAGGAUGAAAAAUUAAGUGUUGAAAUUUUCUGGCCUUGGGAUGAUUUUGCGUUGAUUUUUUUCGAUUUAGGAAAUUAAUAUUUAUUCCUGGAAGCCUGCGGCCUUAUUCACAGCGCUACUCAUGGUUCUGAGCCAAAAUAAUAAUCGUGUUAAAAUCACCGUUUGCUAAUGAACUGCCAUCGAUUUGUGAUUUGGCAAAUAUUUAAACACCAGGCUAGUGAUAUCCUCUUGAGAAUUUAUUGAUGCUGAAAUGCAGUAUAAUCAGUGUAGCUGGUAAUUAGCUAUGCAUGUGUUACAUUUAGGAAUGACUAUAUUGGCUGGUGUUUAUUGUGCAGAAAAUGUAUUAUGUAUUAUGUUAAACUAGUCUGGCCAGAAUAAUGUUCAGCACUAUUUUGUGGCAGUUGUCAAUUCACUUACAGCAUUUGAAUAUUUGCGCCAUGAAACUGAACAUAGAGCAUGCCAUGGAUUUAGUUUUUUGUAAAUAUUUAGUAGCCAUUUUGUCCCAAAUGACCUUGUGAAAAGAGGUAGAUUUCAUUACUGUUGUGCAUUUUGGUGUUCAUUUAACUAAAUGUUUAUUCACCUUUGAACUUGUUUCAUUUGCUUCAAUGAAUGCCAUUUGUCGAUAUUGCUUAAGUGUGAAUUUGUGGUUGAGAUAGCCAGUCUCUGGGAUUGAUUACAUCGUUGAGUUAAUAUUAAUAUUGAUUGUGAACUCAGCUGUGUACAAUAAAUGCUGUCCCAUAUUUGAAAUAAUAAAUAAUGUUUUGUGGCUUCCUGUCAA